GUACUACAAAUAAAAAAUAAUUCAUAAUAUGACAUAGCUAGAUCAUAUUAUUAUCAACACGGAAAUUCAACAUAGAUGCAGUAUAUCCUAUCUAAAAGCAUAUUUACUGCUGUUAUAUACGCUAUAUGCCCAGCAGAUUUCAUGUUUUAACAGAGUAUUUUAGGUAUUACCAAUUAGAAUUGUAUAACAAUGGCGCGUUUUAUUGAACCCAACGGAAACCGAUGUCUCGACGCAGAUGACCCACCUCGUACUGGUGACUCCCCUCCCUUAUCUGACCGUUCAGUGGAUAUGUCACCAUUUUGUGUAAAUACGUCCAAUAUAUGCAGCAAGAUUGGAUCAUUGAAGUUAAAGGCUCAAAGCACCUUCGCAUCGCUCAAGGACCGUUUCCAAAAGCUGAAGACCAACUGAACCAUAAGCUGUGGGAUCUAUCGUCAACAUUUUCUGAAUCUUGGUACACAUAUGCCACGUUCAACUGCGUGGAAGCCCACCCGAGGAAUUAUAAUGCAGUAACCCCCGUUAUAUCAUCUGGAAAAUGGUUUGUUUUGAUGUAAGAGUUGUGGAGGCAAUUAUAUCGUGGCCCAAGUUAAUAAUCGCCACUGCCGGCAUGCAACUAUUUUAUCGAAACUGCUAAUACAAGGCCAUUGAAGACAGGAUUGGCCAUUACAUAGUGACAGUUGAUAUACGUGAGAUAGUUAUUCAUUAUGUCAAGGAAGAGCCACUAUAGAUUAUUGGCUCAGAGCGCAUAAACACGUACGCCGCUUCAAAGGACAUAAAUAGGGGUAUCAUAUCUACCGUUUUUCGUUGUAACUUCUAUUUUUUAAUAUUAUUUUUUAUGCAA